AUGCCUUUCGGGAUUCUGGACGACAACAAAUUGGAGCACACUCCCGGCACCGCACCACUGAAUGGGCUCCAUGACACCCAGACAUACUCAGGCAUAGACCCGGCGCUCCUCAAGCAUGACGCCACCGGCAAGAUUUUCCUGGUCCCCCAGCCAUCCAACUCACCGGAUGACCCAUACAACUGGCCUCGUCGCAAGAAAGAGCUGUUUACAAUUGCUUACGGAUGGGGCAGUGGGUGUGUUGGAGCUGUCGGUCCAUUACUCGGCGGUGCCUUCGUUCCACUCGCCGAAGAAUUCGGCGUAUCCCUAUCGACCUUCAUAUCCGCUGUUCAAGGAGGCGCGAUCGCAGCUAUCGCGGUCGGCAGUUUGAUCUUCAACUCUCUGGCAGUCAAAUAUGGAAAACGACCAGUGUAUCUUGGGACAACUGUCGGGCUUAUGGUGUCGUGUUUCUGGGCGGCUGAGGCGAAGAGCUUUCGCUCGUUUGUCGCUGCAAGAGUGUGUUGUGGGCUCUGUAUGGCUCCGAUGGAAGCACUGGUUCCAGCAUCGAUUGCAGACAUCUGGUACGCUUUUCUUCUCUUCCUCGGGGAAAGUCCGACUUAUCAGUCAUUCAGGUUCGUUCACGAAAGAGGGUUUCGAACUGCUGUGUUCAACCUCGGUAUUUUGGGAGGCAUCAACCUCGCGGUCCCCAUUGCUGCUGCGAUCAUCGAAUACGGCUCUUAUAAGAUAGCUUUACAUGCCAUGGGCGGUGCGUUUGCCCUGAUGCUGGUUAUGGUGGUCUUCUGGAUGCCUGAAUCGGCAUACUCAAGACAGGCUCUCAACAUCGAUACAGGGGAAGCUUCUGUCGUGGUCGAUGACAAGGGAUCACUGGAGCAACUCGAGAAUACGCAAAGUGCCCACCCUGAACAGGUAACUGAUUCAACCGGAUGGAAUUACAAGGAGCUUCUUCCAUACAGUGGCUAUGUCAACCAAGUGUCGUUCUGGAACACUCUCGUCAGGCCAUUUUAUCUUAUCGGGUCUCCAGCAGUCCUCUGGGCCGUCCUCCUAUUCACGAUAUGUAUUUCGUGGCUAGUGGGAAUCUCACUCACCCUGUCGCAGAUAUUCUCAGCACCACCAUACAAUUUCUCCGUGGUCGGCGUUGGUGCUACUAACCUCUCGUCUUUUGUUGCUUCCGUGUUCGGUACGCUCGCGGCUGGCCCUCUGAUCGAUGGACUUGUGACGAGGCUGUCCAAGAUGAACGGGGGCAUAUUUGAGCCCGAGUUCCGCUUACCCAUCAUGGUUACAUACCUUCUGUUUACCUCCACAGGCUUCUUUGCCUGGGGCCAAUCCUCAUUUAAUAAGGAUCCGUGGCCUGUGCCCGUAAUCGUAUGCCUGGGAUUGAUCAACUUCGGUGUUCAGCUUGGUACAACCGGCGUUGUCACUUACGUCGUCGACUGUCAUCGUGAGAGAGCCGGCGAAGCAUUUGCAAUUAUGAAUUUCAUCAAGAAUCUAUUUGCAUUCGGUCUGUCGUUCUAUAUCAAUGGGUGGAUAGAGAAUCAAGGGGUUCGUGACUGCUUCUUCACAAUGGGAGGCAUUACGAUGGCGGUCACCUUGUUUACAAUUCCGAUGUACACUUUCGGCAAGCGCGCCAGGAGCUGGGUUCAUCGACACGGAAUUGCAGAUAAGCUCUGA